AUGUCGGACGACCAAAUCUCGUUGCCAUACCUAAUGGCUAUCCUAGUCGUAUCCGGGUUGAUAAUACGAUAUCUGUUCUUUGGAGGACCCUCGCCACCCCGAGCUGCGCGAUCUCCCGAGGCUUUUCUCCGUUCGAGAGAGGUCGCUGUAGAGAGAAUACAGCAGAUGUUUCCGCAGGCGGACAGACGAAGCAUUCUCUGGGAUCUGCAGCGCAACGGAGGAAACAUCCAGAACACGACAGAGAGAAUACUGGCGGGCCGACUGGACACGCCCCCCGUCACCUUCCAGCCGCCUCCCCCUCCAGGUCAAGCUACGACAACCAGCAGCGCAGCGACUGCCACUCGCCAGCCAGAAAAGCCAGCGCAGCCCGAUUUGAUUACAAGAUAUAACCUCAAGAACAAGCUGGAUGCCGCGUCGCAGCAGGAUCAAGAUAGCAAGGGCAAGGGGUGGAGCUCGAACAAGGACGAGCGCCAGGCUUCUCUGCAGCGCAGAAGGGACGAGAUGAUCCUUGCUGCACGUCGGAAGCUGGAGGCGAAGCUUGCAGCUGAGAAGACGGUCCAGGGAAGCUGA